CGCCCUUCAGACCCCGCGGCCCGGCCGCGCAGCCUCGGAGCCCGCGGCGCAGGAGGAGAGGGCGGUGCGGGUCGGGUCCGGCCGCCGCGCCCGCUUCAGCACCUUCCGCUGUCCGCCGCUGCGGUCGCCUCGUCCUGCAGGUGCUGACGAUUCUGAAGCCGGUUUCCAAUUGCCUUGAUUAAAGUAGGAACAUUCUAUGGCUUGGAUGACUUACAUUUCACAUUGGUUUGAGCAAGAUGAUUGCUAUGAAGGACUACAAAGAGCAAACAUGUCCCAGGUAAGACAAGUGGGACUGCUGGCUGCUGGCUGUCAGCCAUGGAACAAAGAUGUGUGCGUUGCCAAUGGAGACAGGUUUGCGUACUGUGCUACCCUGGCCAUCUAUGUUUAUCAGUUGGAUCACCGUUAUAAUGAAUUCAAACUUCACGCAAUUAUGUCUGAACAUAAAAAAACAAUCACAGCUAUCUCUUGGUGUCCACAUAACCCUGAUCUGUUUGCAAGUGGCAGUACCGAUAAUUUAGUGAUCAUUUGGAAUGUUGCAGAACAAAAAGUCAUUGCUAAACUCGACAAUACAAAAGAGGCUGGCGCAGUGGUUGAGAGUUCGCCUGCCGAUGCAGGGGACACAGGGACGCCUGCCUCUCUCAGCUGGUGCUGGAAUGCAGAUGACGCAGUGGCGUUUGCUUCCCAGAGAGGCCCACUGUUCAUCUGGACCAUCUCAGGACCGGACAGUGGCGUGACUGUGCACAGAGAAGCCCAUAGCUUCCUGUCUGAUAUCUGUAUAUUCAGAUGGCAUACCCAGAAAAAGGGGAAAGUUGUCUUCGGUCAUAUUGAUGGAAGUCUAUCAAUUUUUCAACCAGGUAGUAAAAGUCAGAAACAUGUUCUGAGACCUGAAUCUCUUGAAGGGACCGACGAAGAGGAUCCCGUUACAGCCCUGGAAUGGGACCCACUGUCUACUGAUUACCUCCUAGUGGCUAAUUUGCAUCGUGGAAUUCGCCUGGUAGAUUCGGAAUCACUUUGUUGCAUAACAACAUUUAAUUUUCCCAGUGCAGUAGCUUCUGUGCAGUGCUUGGCCUGGGUUCCCGGUGCUCCUGGCAUGUUUAUAACUGGAGAUUCUCAAGUGGGUGUUUUGCGCGUUUGGAAUGUUUCUAGAGCAACACCUGUUGAUAAUUUUAAAUUAAAGAAAACAGGGUUUCACUGCUUACACGUACUGAAUUCUCCUCCAAGGAAGAAAUUUUCAAUCCAGUCCCCAACCAAAAAUCAUUAUACAUCCUCAACGAGUGAAGCAGUACCACCCCCAGCUUUGACACAGAAUCAAGCAUUUUCUGUUCCUCCUGGUCACGCAGUGUGCUGUUUCUUGGAUGGUGGAGUUGGACUUUAUGAUAUGGGAGCUAAGAAGUGGGAUUUUCUUAGGGACUUGGGUCACGUGGAAACUAUCUUUGACUGCAAAUUCAAACCUGAUGAUCCCAAUCUUUUAGCAACAGCUUCCUUUGACGGCACAAUAAAAGUCUGGGAUAUAAACACACUGACGGCAGUGUACACUUCCCCAGGGAAUGAAGGGGUUAUUUAUUCCCUUUCAUGGGCUCCAGGUGAUUUAAAUUGUAUUGCUGGAGCAACUUCUCGAAAUGGUGCUUUUAUUUGGGAUAUUAAAAAGGGCAAAAUCGUACAACGAUUUAAUGAGCAUGGAAAAAAUGGAAUAUUCUGCAUUGCCUGGAGUCAUAAAGAUUCCAAAAGAAUAGCAACCUGCAGUGGUGAUGGUUACUGUAUUAUUCGAACAGUUGAUGGUAAAGUACUACACAAAUACAAACAUCCAGCUGCAGUGUUUGGUUGUGAUUGGAGCCAAAACAACAGAGACAUGAUAGCCACUGGCUGUGAAGACAAAAAUGUUCGUGUCUAUUAUGUGGCCACCAGUUCGGAUCAACCACUGAAAGUGUUUAGUGGGCACACAGAGAAGGUGUUCCAUGUUAGGUGGUCUCCUCUGCGGGAGGGAAUUCUUUGCAGUGGCUCUGAUGAUGGUUCUGUUCGAAUCUGGGAUUAUACUAAAGAUGCAUGCGUAAACGUUCUUAGAGGACACACGGCACCUGUGCGGGGAUUAAUGUGGAAUACUGAGAUCCCAUACCUACUAAUAUCUGGCAGCUGGGACUAUACUAUAAAAGUGUGGGACACUCGGGAAGGAGCUUGUUUGGAUACCGUGUACGAUCAUGGCGCAGAUGUAUACGGUUUAACAUGCCACCCACGCCGCCCCUUUACUAUGGCCUCGUGCUCCCGGGACUCUACAGUGAGACUCUGGUCAUUAACGCCGUUAAUCACUCCUUUGCAAAUAAAUAUUCUGGCAGAUAGAUCCUGGGAAGAAAUUAUCGGGAACACUGAUUGUGCUGUAGAACGAGGCAUGCCCCCUCUGCUGUGUGGCAAAGUGUCAAGAGACAUCAAACAGGAGAUAGAGAAACUAAGUGGCAACCCUCGUGUGAAAAAACUAAGAUGGUUUUCAGAAUGUUUAUCACCUCCGGGUGGCAGUGACAAUUUAUGGGACUUAGUUGCUGUGAUAAAAGGGCAAGAUGAUAGCUUACUUCCUCAGAACUACUGUAAAGGAAUAAUGCAUUUGAAACAUCUGAUUACAUUCCGAACAUCUGAAGCCCAAGAACUAACCACAGUCAAGAUGUCUAAAUUUGGUGGUGGUAUUGGUGUCCCUACUAAAGAGGAAAGACUGAAGGAAGCUGCUGAAAUACACUUGCGAUUAGGACAGAUCCGGAGAUACUGUGAGCUGAUGGUGGAACUUGGAGAGUGGGACAAAGCCUUGUCAGUUGCGCCAGGGGUGUCUGUGAAAUACUGGAAGAAGUUGAUGCAGAGGAGAGCUGAUCAGCUGAUCCAGGAAGAUAAGGAUGAUGUCAUUCCAUACUGCAUAGCCACUGGCGAUGUGAAAAAAUUAGUCCAUUUUUUUAUGUCACGAGGUCAGCUGAAAGAAGCUCUGCUUGUCGCACAGGCUGCUUGUGAGGGAAAUAUGCAAACCUUCCAUGUUUCAACACCUAAAGGAUCUUCUUAUUCUGAUGAUAUCUACAAGGAAGACUUUAACGAACUCCUGCAGGAAGCCUGCAGAGAGCUGGCGGAAUGGUAUUUUCAGGAUGGCCGGGCAGUCCUAGCCGCGUGUUGCCACCUCGCUGUGGAUAAUAUCGAGCUGGCUAUGGCGUACCUGAUUCGCGGAAACGAGCUGGAGUUGGCAGUCUGUGUGGGCACAGUGCUUGGAGAGCUGGCAGGACCCGCAACCCACUAUGCCCUCGAGCUGCUGGCGAGAAAGUGCAUGAUGAUUCCAAUGUGCUUUCCAUCCACUGGAUACAGGAAUUUGGCCGUUGAUCUUCUCCUGAUGACUCCUGACAGCGAACUACAGUUAGUAAAACUCUGUGCUUUCUACCCGGGGUGUAUCGAAGAGAUAAAUGAUCUUCAUGAGAAGUGCAAGCUACCCACAGUAGAAGAAUGUAUGCAAUUAGCUGAGACAGCCCAUGCCGAUGGCAAUAUAUUUGAAACUAUAAAGUAUUACUUGUUAAGUCAAGAACCUGAGAAAGCCCUUCCUAUUGGUAUUGACUUCAUCAAAGGAUCCAUCAGUAGUUCCAAUUGGACUUUGGAUACCAUUUACCCCGUUCUUGACCUACUGAGUUAUGUUCGUACUGAAAAAUUACUCCUGCAUACAUGUACUGAAGCUCGAAAUGAACUGCUGAUACUAUGUGGAUACGUUGGUGCUUUGCUGGCUAUCAGAAGACAGUACCAAAGCAUCGUCCCGGCACUUUAUGAGUACACGAGUCAGCUAUUGAAACGUCGGAAGGUGUCAGUGCCUAUAAAAAUCGAACACCUUUCUGAGGAAUUGGAUGCGUGGAGAGCUUGCACACGAUCCAUCAACCGAUCAUCAGAAGAAGCUCCACAUACACCCCCUUCUGAUUCACAAAGAAUGGUUUAUGCAACUUUACUGAAGAGACUAAAAGAAGAACCGCUCAGAGGAAUUAUUGGACCAGAUUAUGUGACCGGGUCAAACCUACCGAGUCAUUCUGAUAUUCACAUCUCUUGUUUUACAGGAUUAAAAAUCCAGGGCCCUGUAUUUUUCCUUGAAGAUGGGAAAUCCACCAUCUCCUUGAAUGACGCUCUGAUGUGGGCAAAGGUGAACCCAUUCUCACCUUUGGGGACUGGAAUACGACUCAACCCAUUUUGACAGAAGGUUUUUCUCACACUUAAUUGUUUUUUUAAAGACCUUUUUCCGAUGAAUUUUUGGAGUGAAUACAUACCUGGGAUGCCAUCACCCAGAUCCAGAAAUAGUAUAGUGCUAGCACCCCAAAAUCGCUUCCUGUCUCUCCCAUACAGUACCCUAAAACUAAAACUCUGUCUUGACUUCUAUCAUCAUAGGUUAGCUUUACAUGUUUGUAUAUUUCAUAUAAGUAAAACCAUACAGUAUCUAUUUCAUUUUGCAAACAUUUUUAUACUGUAAAAAUAGUGACAAAAUUAUUUUCCAUGUUUCCCGUAUGUCUUAUUAACUAAUUCUGUCAACUGCAGCACUUGGGCAUCAGCUUCACUGUGCUUCUAAAGAUCACCUACUCCUCAGCAGCUCACCCUCACCGAGGCUGGAAGACGUGUCUAAGGUCAUUUCUGCUCAUCAGCCAUGCCCUGUUUAUGCUUAAACACCACCCUGGUCAUUCCCAGAACUGUGAUUAUCACAAUUAAUUAUUUGCCAGCUUGAAAUCAGCAUUCUCAAAAAUCAACACCGGUGAUAACAGAAUUCUGUUCAAGAAUCGAAAGUGUUGAGGUAUGUCCGUGGCUAAAGAGAACAUGUGUUCCAAAGAAGACAGCAGAGAGAGAGGUUAGCUCUGCACUAAGAUGGACAUUUAAACUGAUGACUAAAUGGAAUGGUUGUGUUUCGAUCCAGGAAUUCCGACAAGACCCAGUGAGUGGAAGUAAUAGUGAGACAGAUUAAAUGUAAACAAGUAUUCGGUAUAAAAAAUAAUGAUACCUGAUUUUGCAGUGUUAAAAAAAUAACUUGACAAAACGAAAAUGCUGAACAAAAGAACUGAAGUGGGGAGGGGGCUGGUAGGGAUUGGUCAGUGUCCUAGUGUUGUAAGGUCCUUACAGUUUGAGGAAGAGAAUAAAGAUAUUACUCUUAGACUAAGAUAAAUAGGCAUGUUAAAGUUUCUAGCGUAGCACUAAAGAGAGUAGAAAUUUAUAAUUUUCCAAAUUAGUAGGGAGGAAAAACGUCUUUGGAUAAAAGUUCAGUCCAAAAGAAGAAGAAAAAUAGGUAAGACAAAAACAAGAAACAGAGAACAAAUUAAAAGCACAAAAUAAUAUGAUAGAUAUGAAUACAUAUAUGGUAAUAAGUAUGACUGAAUUAAUAACAAUAAAAGUCACAGUAGAUGAAAUUACAACAAGUCUACGAAUCAGGGCACAGUGGCAGGCUUUUCUUUCAUCUGUGCUCAAGAAGAGCCUUCUUACGCUUGGAAGAACCCAGUUGACUAUUUCCAAGAAAACUUACUUGGAUU